CCAUCGAAAUGGGGAGCACCAAGAAGGUCAACAUAUUGAACAGGAGGCAGAGCCUGUUCCCCAACUACAAAGUCACCGAUUCAGAAGUUAAUCGGAGACCCUCGGAGCUGGUUUACCCUCUGGCGAAGGAAAGCUGCGUGAAGACAUGGAACUCCAUGCAGGAGCUGAGCAGAGACAUCUACGACAUCUACGCCGAGUAUGAAGACGAAGAGGACGAUACUGUUCCGUUUGGCUUCUCCAAGCAGAUCAAUCUCUCCAAGAAGAACUACAUGAUCAACAUCAACGUGGGAGGGAAGCCCUACCAGAUCGCCUACAAGAUGGCAGCCAAGUACCCCAAGACCAGGAUAGGACGCCUGGCCACCUACACAGACCACAACAUGAAGCUCGACCUGUGUGACGAUUACACGGUCACCAACAACGAGUUCUUCUUCGACAGGGACCCGGACGUUUUCCACAGCAUAUUCAACUUCUACAGGACGGGAGUGCUGUGGAUCAAAGACGAGCUGUGUCCCCGCAACUUCCUGGAGGAGAUCAACUACUGGGGCGUGAGGAUCAAGAACACCCACCGCUGCUGCCGCAUCUCCUUCGAGGAGAGGCAGGACGAGCUGAACCAGCAGCUGAAGAUCCAGCGGGAGCUGGAGGCGGAGGUGGAGAUCGAGGAGAACGAGGAGCUCUUUCAGGACAUGUUCAUGGGCCACGAGCGCCGGACCAUCUGGAACCUGAUGGAGAAGCCUUUCUCGUCCGUCAAAGCCAAGCUGAUGGCAGUCGCCUCCAGCCUGUUCGUGCUGAUCUCCCUGGUGGCCAUGACUCUGAACACGGUGGAGGAGAUGCAGUACAGGACUGCUACAGGCCAGCUGAGUGGGAAAACCUACUGGGAAUACGUGGAGUCCAUGUGCAUCGCCUUCUUCACCAUGGAGUACCUGCUGCGUCUGAUAUCGACGCCCGACCUUAAGUCCUUCAGCAGGAGUGUACUCAACACCGUGGACCUGAUCGCCAUCCUGCCCCAGUACCUGCAGGCGGUCCUCGAGUUCUUCGACAGUGACGACAACUACGUGAAGCACGAGGCCGACAUGCAGGCGGUGGGGCAGGUGGGGAAGCUGGGGCAGGUGCUGAGGAUCAUGAGACUGAUGCGGAUCUUCCGCAUCUUGAAGCUGGCGCGUCACUCCACCGGUCUGCGGGCGUUCGGCUUCACUCUGCGCCAGUGCUACCAGCAAGUGGGCUGCCUCUUCCUCUUCAUCGCCAUGGGCAUCUUCACCUUCUCGGCCAUGGUCUUCACGGUGGAGCACGACAUGCCGCACACAAACUUCACCAGCAUUCCUCACGCCUGGUGGUGGGCAGCAGUCAGCAUCUCCACUGUGGGCUACGGAGACGUCUACCCCGAGACCGUACUGGGCCGCAUCUUCGCCUUCAUCUGCAUCUCGUUUGGCAUCAUCCUCAACGGCCUGCCCAUUUCCAUCCUCUUCAACAAGUUCUCUGACUACUACUCCAAGCUCAAGUCCAAUCAGUACACAGCCUCUCUGAAGAAACGAGGGAGAAUCCGAUUUGCCGAGCGGACGGUGCAAAAGCUGAAUGACUGCUUUGGAAGCCAUCCCUGCCACACACAUUAA